GACAGUGGAGUUAUGGAAUGUAUCAAUGAGAACGUGGUCUAGUUCUGGUCUAGAUGAAGACUAUUCUGAUAGCCUGGUUCGUUGUUGCACAUCAUGUUGGGGCUGCACCAUGCAAAGUUAAACUUUCUGAUUACAGUACCUCUAUCAUUACUGGAACAUUAAGAUGCCAUGGUGACGAUGGACCACAACAUCUGCACAGAGUUCAGUUAUCAUUUGAUAUAGGUCAAAACUCAGAAUCAGCUUAUCUGCAUCUUUAUUCAAAUGAUUAUCCGACUCUGGCUAUUUUCGGAGUGGAGAACGGGGAGAUAAAGACCUCCAAAAUACUUGGUCAGAAAGAACCUGAUGCUAAGACUAUGGUACAACUUCAAGGGACAAACGAGUUCAAAGCGCUGCCCGCUCUGGCAGCACUACUGGGACACGAUUACAACGUCACAGCUAAAACAUGGCCGGUAUCGAUACUGCUGUUCAGAAUGGCAAUGAGCUCCGAGAUGCUGCACAAAACUGAGGAGCAAGCUGACUUUUAUCUCAAUCAGAAGUACCCCUCAAGGGUACAGUACCAUCAGCUAACGAAGAGGAGUCUGUCAGACAAGAUCGUGAACUUUGAAAAUAUGGCAGGGAAGUUUGUCCGACAACUCAAUCCUUGGACAUUUGAUCCCGAUGACGAGAUCCUGUGUGCUAGUCCGGACGGAAUAUGUGAUUACAGGAUAGAAACAAAGAACAUUUCCUCUUGUUCCGGACUGGGACAGCCACUUCAUCAAAAUGAUAUCCAGGUUGGGUGUAUGGGUCUGUGUGGACCGAGUUGUUUCCGGUGUUGGUCCUACAUCUGUGGGGACUGUUGCAAACAUCCCGGCUGCUACUCGCACGACUCUAAAUGCUUGGAGGGUUACCUUACUCUGGAAUGUAUUACUGGUAAAGGUCUCAUCUGGGGUGACAACUCGGACACCUGCUAGUCUUAUCUCUUGUUGACCUGUUUUUGAAUGUUGGAUUUGAACACGAUGUAUUUCGUUAAUAAAUUUCAAUCUGCUUUUAGCUUGUUUAAGUUAAAUUAAGUUGAGUGACUGAACAGAGGUGAAUUUGAACCAAAAUGCGAAUUUGGUUCCGAACAGAAGCUUUUGCUCACCUUAACUAUAUUUAUUUGCGAAUGUUUUAAAUAUUUAUCUGGAACCCUUUUAAUAUAAUGAUUUAUUAUUCAUAAUUUCGAUGCUACAUCAAAAAGUUUAAAAUAUUCUUUAUCAAUGCAACAAAUUCAUGAUAAUCACAGCUACAAACAUUUUAUUUUGUAUUAUUUUACGAUGAGGAAAUUUAAAAUUGUUUUUGAGACUAUCUUUGUUUAGGAUUAACUACUUUAUUUAUUUUACUUUAGAAUUCAAAAAAAUAAUUUGAUAUUUAUUAAUCUUUGAACUGUAAUGCUUAUUUUCAAAUUGAUUUAAUUGUUUAUUCUAUUUUUAG